GAAGGAUCCUUAGACGGCAUCGCUGAUGCUGGUACAUAUGGGCGAUGCGUCACAGAUUCAGUUAUUCCUGGUCUCACCUCAGAACUGGACAGUCGUAUAUAUGAUUGGCAUGUAAUUAAUGACGGACAACUAAUUGGAUAACGGGAAAUUCCGCGCGUCGGACGAACUGGUAAGAAGAUGGACACGACACCAAAAAGAGUUGCUGUGAUCGGGGCGGGCUCUGCCGGACUCUGCGCCCUCAGGCACUACUCCUCCAGACCCGAAGAUUUCUCCGUGGUAGCUUUCGAGCAGACGGAUACUGUUGGCGGGACCUGGGUCUACACAGAUCAGGUCGGCACCGACCGGUUUGGUCUACCGGUUCAUUCUAGCAUGUACAAGUCACUCCGUACAAACAUUCCCAAGGAAGUGAUGGCCUUUCCAGACUUUCCGUUCCGGGAAGAAUUGCCAAGUUUUAUUAAGCACUCGGAAGUCUUGGAGUACCUUCAGGAAUACGGAAAGCAUUACAACCUGGAGCAGUAUAUUAAGUUUAACACCUGUGUAGAGGAAGUCAAACCAAUCCAGGAAAAGAACUGCUUCAAACACUGGCGGCUAACGUACAGAAACCUCCUGGACACUUCCUCCCCUCUGCACACAGAAGAGUUCGACUCAGUCAUGGUUUGCAAUGGGCAUUACUCCACUCCCCUGCUCCCAGAUCUGCCAGGGUCUGCCGACUUCCGCGGUCUAGUGAUGCACAGCCAUGAUUUCCGGGAAGCGGACCCCUUCCAGGACAUGACAGUGGUUUGCCUUGGUGCAGCUUCUUCCGGUCUGGACAUCUCUAUUGAGAUUAGCAAAGUGGCAAAAAAGGUUCUGUUGAGCCACAACAAACCACUGGUGGAAAGUGAAAUGCCAUCAAAUCUGGAGCAGGUGACGGGCAUUGACCACCUGGAACAGAACGCUGUUGUGUUCAAAGACGGCAGGAGGGUCGUCGCUGAUGCCAUCGUCUACUGCACAGGCUACAAGUUUUCAUUCCCGUUUCUGUCAAAGCAAUGUGGCUUAGAGAUUAAGGAUGAGAGAAUUACUCCCCUUUACAAGCACAUGAUCCACACUACCUUCCCCACCCUCUUUUUCAUAGGGAUGUGCAAAAUCAUCUGCCCCUUUCCGCAAUUCCAUUGUCAAAUUCUGGUUACCAUGGCGAUUCUAGAGGGCUCUGUUCAGCUGCCGUGUAAAGAGGAAAUGGAUGCCGACACCGAGGCUGACUUCCAGCGAAGAUUAGGGGAAGGACUUCCGAUCCGCCAUGCGCACUUGAUGGGUAAACGACAGUGGAGCUACAACGAUGAAUUAGCCGUCAUUGGUCAUUUCCAGCCCAUUGACAAAUCUCUGCAGAAUCUAUACAACCAUGUCCAUGCCACCAGGGUCAAAGAUCUGAUGAACUACAAGAAAAUUUGCUACGAACUGACCGACUCGGAGAACUUCAGAGUUGUUGGAAGUGUGUAACUAUAUUAUGAUAACUAAUUAGGACACUUGUUAUGUAUAUAAGCUAAUUCUGCUAGGUGUGUGAUUAAUUUAAAGCUAAACUAAAGACAUCAAAUACUGUUGAUUUCACAUCGCAGUGGACUGCUUCCAGGUUGUCCGGGGAUUCCUCGUCCGUUGGAGCAAGCUUCGGAAAGACACGAUCGGUGAACAAUUUUAAAGACAUUUUGGUCUCUAGGGGAUUUUACUCCAGAGAUUUACACACUCUAUAGUAACAGUUCCUCUUUGUGCACAGCUAUACGCUCCGCGUGGGUAUAGGUCGAAAGGGUUUUCUCGGAAUGUGUCAUAGGGUUGUAGGCGUUAAUUCGCAAAAUUUUCAAUAACAGUUUUCACAUAAAUAGGUUGAUUUGAUGCCGAGAUGUGUUGAGGGUUUUGCCGUGUUUACUAUAACUCACCGUUAAUUAUUUAACGGUGUACUCUGGUUCAAUAAAGUAGAUA